AUGAUGUCCAGCGCAGGCGCGGUCGCAGACGAGUUACGUAGUACAAGAUCAGUAGUCUUGAGUUACGUGGACAGUCUUCUGUGGCAAUCAGAUGUCUCACUACUGGACCCGCCAAGCUGGCUCAAUGAUCAUAUGAUUGGGUUUGCCUUUGAGUAUUUUGCCAACAGUCAGUUUCGUGACUGCUCUGACCAUGUCUGCUUCACCAGCCCCGAAGUCACCCAGUUCAUCAAGUGCACUAACUGCCCAGCAGAAAUUGCCAUGUUCCUUGAACCCCUGGAUCUUCCCCACAGGAAAGUUGUGCUUUUGGCCAUCAACGAUAACUUCAACCAGGCAGCUGCGGGAACCCACUGGAGUUUGUUGGUUUAUCUCCAAGAUAAAAACAGCUUUUUUCAUUAUGAUUCCCAUAGCAAAAGCAAUUCCAUCCAUGAAAGCAGGUAGCAGAGAAACUAGAAGCUUUUCUUAGGUAGGAAAGAAGAUAAACUAGUCUUUGUGGAAGAGAAAGCCCCUGCUCAACAAAAUAGCUAUGACUGUGGGAUAUAUGUGAUCUGUAACACUGAGGCCCUGUGUCAGAACUUCUUUAGGCAACAGCCAGACUCCCUGUUGCAGCUGCUCUCCCCCAGGUACAUCACGAAGAAGAGGGCAGAAUGGAAAAAUCUCAGUGCCAGACUUGCGAAGAAUUAG